AUGACAUUAACUCAACUGGACCCUCAUGUUGGACCUAUGAGAGGAAUUAAUCGUUUUAAACCAGAUAAAGCGACUAUUAUAAAUCCAGAGACACCACAGGAGGGCGGCGGAGAGCUUGUAAAAACAGAUUCCCCAAACUUUGUUUGUAGUGCGUUGCCUUCUCAUUGGAGAUGCAAUAAAACUUUACCAAUGGCGUUUAAAGUAAUAGCAUUGAGUGGAGAUAUACCUGACGGAGUUACUGUUACAAUAUUUGCUGGCAAUGAUGACAAUUUUUCAGCUGAACUUAGAAAUGCAACCGCCGUUAUGAAGAAUCAAGUUGCAAGAUUUAACGAUCUUCGAUUUGUUGGAAGAUCGGGUAGAGGAAAGACAUUCACAUUGACAAUAACAGUCAAUUCGGAACCUCCUCAAGUCGCAACAUAUACAAGAGCAAUAAAAGUUACUGUUGACGGACCAAGAGAGCCUCGAAGACACAGAGUUAGAGAUGGGGAGGGUGGGUUUCUUGAUCACUACAGCUUUGUAUCGCGAGUAGGAGAAAUGGGAGUAGAUAAUUUUCGACAAUUUUCAUAUAUUCAUGGAUCACCAAUUGCAACAAAUAGUUUGUCUCAUAUGCAGCCUGAUGUUUUGAUUCGCUCUCCGCCAGCAUGGCAACAUAACUUCAAUGGAAACGUAUAUGGACAUAACAUAUCACCUAAUAGUAACGAAUCUUAUUCAAAUAUAAUGGAUCAUGAUGGGUACCAACAGCCUAACUUAGCAUUGAACUUAAAAUUAGGAAAUAAUGACUUAUCCUUGCAGGAAAGUUUUCAAAAUGAUGUUAGAUGUUACAACCAACUUUCUCAAAACAGAUCUUCGUCAAUUAACUCGAACGAGCCUAGUUCGCCAAGUAGUCUCCAAAGCUUUCAAUAUAGUAACAAUAGUUCUUUACAUUCGUUUCAAGGAGCACAUUUUCCAACACCAAACCACACUCAUGACCAGGUAUCAAACAGUUUUCUCAACAACGUUACAAUAAACAAUAACUAUCUUAUGAAUCUUGCACCAAGUGGAGGUAGUAUAAACAUUCCUUUUAAAUCUUAUAGCAGUCAAAAUAUUUCAAGAGCUCAGGAAGAUAUAAACAAUAAUCAACUCGGACAUUUUUACAGAUCACCAUUUUAUGAGACGCACGGCUACGCUUUCCAAAAUAAUAUUAAAGCCUAUACUUCUCAAAUAAAUGGCGGAGAUGACGACGGUAAUUCAACUCCGAAAGUUUGGCGACCAUAUUAA